AUGACUAUAUCCAAAGAUCCUAGUGAUGGUGUACUAGGAACAUCACCUAAAAGCAACAAUAACACCUUUAGCUUAUAUGCUGAAUCUUCAUCUACUCGUCGAGGAUCCGUACACUCAGUUCACGAUUCUCCAAGUUUACAGCGCAGACUGAUUGAUGCUACUUUCUCUCAAGCUUCAGAGGCCACUAAAAAUUUUGUCCCACCUCGCAUUGGUGGUGCCAGUGGAAGCGGUUUCAAUUCUAGAAAUCAUUCAAGACAAAGUAGUAACAUAGAUAAUACUAGUGCUAUGUUUCAUUCAAAUCAAAUUAACACUACAUUGGAUCCAUUUUCCUUACUGAAGAUGGCUCCAAAUGUUGUUAAAUCAAGGAAAGGCAGUGUGCUGGCUCGAAAUACAAUUUUGAAAAUGGAUCAUUUCUCAAGUGGAACCAAUACAAACCUCGACUUUCAUCUUCAAGGUGCCCCUAAUUUCCGUGUUGCGGAGCUCAACGUUCAUGGUGUUGCACAGCCUACAGUGAUUGGACUUUCGACUAUAUUGGCCAUAUUGAAUUGCCAUCCGAAGAGCCUAAAUUCUGAAUCAUGCACCUGGUUCUCAACUCGUGAGGAGCCAUUAGUUUAUUUAAAUGGAUCCCCUUAUGUAUUGCGUGAGUAUGCAGAUCCAAUGCAAAAUAUGAGCGCUUUUCUUGGGAUCAAUGCUGUCCGUUUAGAAAAGGUCGAGGAGAGAUUGAAACUGGAUGUUGUAAAGGAAGCCAAAUCAUUGGGAGGGCUGCUGUUGGUGCAUCAAGAACUAUCGGACGGCACGGUGGUUCCUUGCUACAUUGCAGCUGACAAGGUGCAAACACCAAAAGAAGUGUUUCAGUCGUUUCAAACUGAAGGCUACAGAUUGAAAUACUUUCGUAUUCCAAUCUCACCUGAGCAGGCGCCCGAGGACAACUACUUUGACGAGUACAUCAAUGUGAUUCGCAGCUUGGAGCCAACAGAUCCACUCAUCUUUAACUGCGGCAUUGGUGCUGUGAGAACUACGGUGGGUAUCAUCAUUGCUCAGAUCAUUCGACGCACCCAGUUGAUUGAACGAGGAAGACCUGAUCCAUUUCCCAUCCCAGGCUGGAGCUACCCUUCUACUAUGGAUACUAGUUCGCCAGUCAUGUCAGAUGAACUAAACAUGAAUCGAUAUGUCAAGGGCUUGGAGGAGGCUGAUAAUGUCAAUGCCAAAAACCAUGCACUAUUAAGACUUGUACUCAUAUUGGAAAAUGCAUUGGACUCUAAGCUGUCAUCUCAAUCUGCUAUUGAAUGGGUUUUGCAGAGAGGCUCACUGAUUGAAAACUUGAAAGAGGCUAUCAUGGGCAACUACCAAUCCAUUGUUUCUCUGACGACUGUACUAGAGAGUGGUACAUUCAGUAAGCGCAUCUUGGAUACUGUGAUUGAUCGAUCGGAUGCUGUCAUCAACUUGAGAGAAUCCAUCUUGACAAACCGCAUCCGACAAACUACGCAAACCUCCUCAGCUGACUACGAUGAAAGCAAUUACCUCAGCAAGGCACUGAAUGGCUUACAGCGUUACUUUUUCUUGCUCUGCUUCACAGCCUAUGUCAAUGAAUCGCCCAACACCAAAUUUGAAAACAGAUUCUCUUCUUGGGUGAGAAGUCGCACUGAAAUCUGGGCCAUGCUGCAAAAUAUGCGUCGCAAAGGUCCUCGCUUGUAUUUUUUCCGUCCAGUGGAGGAUUUGCACCACCUGAACCCUACAGCGAAUCAAAAGAGAGCCAGCAGUGCUUUGAGUGUAUCAAGAGGACGCAAUGCUCAAGGUAUGUUUGACAUGACAGGCGCUGGGCCACAACCGAAUACAGGCAUCACAGUGGAAAUGGAGGAGUUUACCAUCAAUUCUCGUACGGGUGUGGUUCUCACUUCACAAACAAUUCUCAAAGUCGAUUUUUGGCAUUUUGGCUAUCUCUCUGACAAGAAUGAAGACAGCAGUAUAACCUCAUCUAUGGAGGAAGACCAUAAAUUGCAGCAACCUCAGCAGCAGCAAGGGCCAGAGAGACAUCACAGCUUUGUCAUAGAUGGCGCAUCCAAUUUUAGACGCAUUGAGAAUACACAUGUCUAUGGUGUUGCUCAGCCUACGGUCAAUGGCCUGCGUCAAGUGAUCCGUACAUUACUCAGUGAUAGACCCAAGAGCGAGCGCAUUCUUUGGAUCAAUCUCCGUGAAGAGCCCAUCAUCUACAUCAACGGUAUUCCCUAUGUUCUUCGUGAUCGCGCUUUUACAUUACGCAACUUGAAAGCUUACAAGGGUAUUACUGGCUCUCGUAUGGAGCAAUUGGAAGAAAGAUUAAAGGAGGAUGUCAUGCGUGAAGUAGCUCAAUGUGGUGGCCGUAUUUUGCUUCAUGGCGAGGACAGAAAUGGCAACGUGCUCUCUUCAUGGGAGGAAGUAGACCUUCAAGAUAUCAUGACAGUGCGAGAGGUGAUGGAGUUUGCAGCACUGGAGAUCCAACAAGAACGUGAACUGUCAGACAAUGAAGAGCAAGCACAGCAAAGUCUCGUCAACAACCUGUUGGAGUACCAUCGUGUGCCCAUCACUGCUGAAAAAGCGCCCGAGUGGAGAGAUUUUGAUGACUUGACAUCGCUUGUCACUGGUGUCGACCUGUCCAAAACAGCCAUCAUCAUGAAUUGUCAAGUAGGCCUUGGUCGAUCCACCACUGGUACCAUCAUUGCUUCGUUAUUGACAAGAUGGAUCCGCCCCAAGAACAAUAUCUCUUCCACCAAUUCCUCUAUUCGCAACAGUCGCAGUGAGCUUCCUCUGCAAAACUCUGUACAAUACCCCAACUACCAGAUCAUCAAUAGUUUGCUUCGUGUCAUUCGACGUGGCCUUGAAAACAAGUGCAUCGUGGACGCCAUCUUGGAUCAGUGCAGUGUCGGAGGCAGGAACUUGCGUAGCACCAUUGAAGACGCUCGUAUCCAAGCAGAAAAGGAACAGGAAGAAGAUCCCAGCCAAUUUAAAAGAACUGUCAAGCGCGGAAUCACAGCAUUGGAGCGUUACUUUAUGUUUAUUUGUUUCCAGGCGUAUCUCGAUAGUACAUCACCCUCUUUAGUACGAGACACAGAAAGCUUUGGUCUCUGGAUGAAGCGCCAUCCUGAAUUAGGCACUAUUUUGCAAGACUUGCUCCAUACCAGCGACGAAUUCAGAUCUCUUGUGCCUGUGGAACAAUCCUUGGGUGGUGGAGACGGCAUGGCCCUGUCCAGUGAAGUCAUGCGUGUUGUUAAUUCACGUCAUGGCCAGGUGCUUGCUCAACAAACCAUCCUCAAACACGAUGCCUUCCCCGGCUGUCAAAAGAUGAGUCUCAAGGAGAAGAUACCUGGCGCUUAUAACUUUAGACGCAUUGAGAUUAAGCAAGUGAAAUCGGCUGUCAAGUAUGGGGGUUUGGCUGCUACUGUCAGUGGCCUAGCUGCUGAUAUGGAGAGGGACGACGAAAAAGCAUUGCAAGCGCCCUUUGUUUCUGGCUGUGCCAUGCCCAAUAAGGAUGCUAUUAAGUCUAUCCUCAAAGCCAUGCAAGCAGGCCCUGGAGGUCGUCGUUGGGUGUUCUGGACCUGUCUACGUGAAGAGCCAGUGCUAUAUGUCAAUAAGAAUCCUUACGUCCUACGCUUGUUUACAGAUCCUCUCAAGAAUUUGGAAACGACGGGUAUCUCAAAAGAACGAGUGGAGAGUAUGGAGGAUCGCAUGAGAUUGGACGUGAUUCAAGAAUUGCACGAGUAUGAUGGUCGCAUGUUGUUGCACGAUGAAGACAGUGAUUUUAACUUAUUGCCAUUGUGGGAAACAGUGCCUUCAGAUCAAGUCGAAACACCUAGCCAAGUAUUUGAGUCUAUUAGAGCCGAAGGCUAUCAAGUAAACUAUCUAAGAAUUCCCAUCACUGAUGAACAAGCACCUAUUCCAGACGUAUUUGAUCAGUUAAUCCACCGAAUGCGCGAUGCAAAUCAAGACGUCGAUGUUAUAUUCAACUGUCAAAUGGGCCGUGGCCGUACAACGACUGGUAUGAUUGUCGCUUCCUUACUCUCCAUGAUUCUCAGCAACGAUGCUAUUGGCGACAUGGCUGAUUCGUUCAUGGUCGACAGUAGCAGUACCACCAGCAUCAUCAAUCCCUUCAGUUCAAAUACAAGCAAUGAUAACGACGACGAAUCCUAUGAUGAAAGAGAGCGCUACCAAAAUGGUGAAUACCGCGUCAUCUUACAACUUGUCAGCGUCUUGACUUAUGGUAAACUGGCGAAGCGAUUGACUGAUCAAGCCAUCAACAUGUGUGACCAUAUGCAAAACUUGAGAAAGGCUAUUUAUGACUAUAAGCUGCGUAUUGAGGCCAUGACAGAUCAAGGGUCCAAGAAAUGGAGAGCAGCUCGUGAAGUUGCUCUCAAUUAUCUUGUACGUUACUUUUACUUGGUGGUCUUUGCAAACUACCUUUUGGAAGAGAUGGGCACAGCGCUAGAUAACGAUGAAGAUAAUUUGGAUGAUGCUUUCGAGGAUCAACAGGAAACGUCGACUGCUUUUAAAGAAGCUAGAAAGCUGACAACAUUUAAAGAAUGGUUAAAGGGUCGUAGAGAAAUUGUGAAUAUUAUAUCCUUGCAAACAUUAGACUUAUCUUAA